AUGAACUUUAUUUUUAAAGCGACCGCGGUUUACUGUCGCAAAUACAUAAGUAGAAACUUGGGAAGAUCACGUGUGAAUUUUAAUUACACUCAAAUAGCAAAAAUGGGUUUGCUAAGUGAAGGAAGUCCAUUGUCUUGGGAAGAGACUAAGGCUUUGGCAGAGCAUGUACGUCAGCACGGCAUCGAACAAUUUAUUAACCUGUACGUGAAGCUGCAGGAGCGCACAGGCGACGUGCUCAAAUGGGGAGAUGAGGUGGAGUACAUAAUUGUGAAGUUUGAUGAUGAGAACCAGCGAGCCACAGUCAGCCUCAUUGCCCACAAUCUGCUGCCUAAACUGCAGGAGAAAGAACUAGCAGAUCCUCAAAACGUAAAAUCACUCUGGCGUCCUGAGUAUGGGUCAUACAUGAUUGAGGGUACCCCUGGCCGUCCGUACGGGGGUCUACUAGCACAUUUCAAUAUUGUAGAAGCAAACAUGCAGUACCGUAGAGCCGAAGUAUCACACUUACUACCUCCGGGAGAAGUUAUCAUGAGCAUAACGAAUUUCCCAAGAUUAGGAUGUCCUAACUUCACAAGUCCGCCCUACCCACCGACUCCCCACGAAGGUGUCUCUAGGUCGUUGUUCUUCCCCGACGAGGGCAUAUUCCCUGGACACCCUCGCUUCAAAACAUUGACCUCCAAUAUUCGACAACGACGUGGAGAAAAAGUAGCUAUCAAUUUACCAGUGUUCAAAGAUGUAAACACAAAGAUUCCGGUGGAUAAUUCCCACUUAUUGGAGCCGGAGGCAGCUAAGCCUGACUGCGUGUACUUGGACGCUAUGGGCUUCGGUAUGGGAUGUUGUUGCCUGCAGCUCACAUUCCAAGCCUGUUGUAUCACUGAAGCGCGCACAUUGUAUGACCAGCUAGCUCCGCUCUGCCCUAUAAUGUUGGCACUAUCAGCAGCGUCGCCAAUCUUCCGUGGGUUCCUGACCGACGUGGACUGUCGCUGGAAUGUGAUCGCGGGUUCCGUGGACUGCAGAACGCGCGAGGAACGCGGCCUCGAGCCUCUCAAGAACAACAAGUUCCGUAUUAACAAGUCACGAUAUGAUUCUAUCUCUUCGUAUCUGUCGCCGGAAAAUGAAGCGUACAAUGACAUCGCGAUAGUGCACGACAAGGACUUGUACCGCCGCCUGCGUGAAGGCGGCAUCGACCAUCCUCUGGCACUGCACGUCGCGCACCUGUUCAUCAGAGACACCGUCUCACUGUUCUCCGAGAAGGUUAACCAAGAUGACAACAACGAUACUGAUCACUUUGAGAAUAUCCAGUCGACGAACUGGCAGACGAUGCGCUUCAAGCCGCCGCCCCCGAACUCCCCGAUCGGUUGGCGCGUGGAAUUCCGGCCGUGUGAGGCCCAGCUCACUGACUUCGAGAACGCAGCCUACGUCUGCUUCGUCGUGUUACUUACCAGGGUCAUACUCUCCUACCGACUCAACUUCGUCAUGCCUAUCAGCAAGGUGGAUGAGAACAUGCAACGCGCACAAAGACGGAACGCGUGUCUAAGCGAGAAGUUCUGGUGGCGCCGUGACGUGGGGGCCCCCACCGACCUCGCAAAGCAAACGCGGGACCCCUCGGAACUGUACGCUGAGAUGACUAUCGACGAAAUUGUUAAUGGAAAGGAUGGCAUAUUCCCUGGUCUGAUCCCUCUGAUCGAGUCGUACCUGUCGGGUAUGGAUGUGGACGCGGACACACACUGCUCCGUGCAACAGUACCUCAAGCUUAUACAGAGACGCUCCUCCGGCGAGAUCUCCACCAUGGCCACCUGGAUGAGGAACUUUGUCACCACGCACCCACAGUACAUGAAAGAUUCAGUUGUCACCGAAAAAAUAAACUACGACCUACUGAAGACAGCUCACGGCAUUCAGACGGGCACACUCGCCGCACCCACUCUUUUGGGUAGCAGUACCGUCUCCAAGACUAACGAAGACAUUCCCAAGGCAUUCAGUAAGAUGAUGAGCAAGGAGUGUCCCUAA